AUUAGCCGAAUGCCCCACCAACUCGAGAGUGCCAAGACCCACACUGAAAUCCACAAUUGCUAUUCACACAGACCAAAUCUAUCACGACUAGAUCAGUAUCGACAAUCGAAAAAAAACAGCACCCGUUCGUCGUCGCCGCCCUUCGGUCCUAAAAUCACCCAACCACCAACAACAAAAAUCAAAACAUGGCCGACGCAGCUGGACGCGGAGGAUUCGGAGCGCGCGGAGGAGCCGCUGGUGGUGACCGUGGUGGACGUGGUGACCGUGGACGUGGUGGUCGUGGCCGCGGCCGUGGUCGUCGUGGCGCUGGAAAGAGCGAGGAGAAGGAGUGGCAGCCCGUCACCAAGCUCGGUCGUCUCGUCAAGGCCGGCAAGAUCAAGUCGAUGGAGGAGAUCUACCUGCACUCCCUGCCUAUCAAGGAGUUCCAGAUCGUCGACCACUUUUUGCCCAAGCUCAAGGAUGAGGUCAUGAAGAUCAAGCCCGUCCAGAAGCAGACCCGUGCCGGUCAGCGUACCCGUUUCAAGGCCAUCGUUGUCAUCGGUGACUCCGAGGGUCACGUCGGUCUCGGCAUCAAGACCUCCAAGGAGGUCGCGACUGCCAUCCGUGCUGCCAUCAUCAUCGCCAAGCUGUCCGUUCUUCCCAUCCGUCGUGGAUACUGGGGCACCUCCCUCGGAGAGCCCCACUCCCUGGCUGCCAAGGAGUCUGGAAAGUGCGGUUCCGUCACUGUUCGGUUGAUCCCCGCUCCCCGCGGUACUGGACUUGUCGCCUCCCCCGCCGUCAAGCGUCUUAUGCAGCUUGCCGGUAUCCAGGAUGCCUACACCCAGUCGUCCGGUUCUACCAAGACCCUCGAGAACACCCUCAAGGCUACCUUCUCUGCCGUUUCCAACACCUACGCUUUCCUCACCCCCAACCUGUGGAAGGAGACCAUGCUCAUCCGCAGCCCUCUCGACGAGUUCUCGGACGAGCUUAGGCGUAAGGAGCGCAACUAGGGUGUGCAAAAGGGUGUCGUUUCUGGAGUUUGAUUUCUUAUGGCCUUUGUUCUUUUUUUUCUUCCUGGGAAUAAAUUAGGGAUGUGAUGAAUGACCAGCUCCUGAAGAUUCUCGAUGAUCUAUUUUGUGGGAGGUUUUGUCGCUGCGUGAAUGAUGUGAAUGAU